AUGCUGUCCCACCAGUCCUGUCACUAUGCUGUCCCACCAGUCCUGUCACUAUGCUGUCCCACCAGUCCUGUCACUAUGCUGUCCCACCAGUCCUGUCACUAUGCUGUCCCACCAGGCCUGUCACUAUGCUGUCCCACCAGUCCUGUCACUAUGCUGUCCCACCAGUCCUGUCACUAUGCUGUCCCACCAGUCCUGUCACUAUGCUGUCCCACCAGUCCUGUCACUAUGCUGUCCCACCAGUCCUGUCACUAUGCUGUCCCACCAGUCCUGUCACUAUGCUGUCUCACGGUUAUUAUCUGUCCCACCAGUCCUGUCACUAUGCUGUCCCACCAGUCCUGUCACUAUGCUGUCCCACCAGUCCUGUCACUAUGCUGUCCCACCAGUCCUGUCACUAUGCUGUCCCACCAGUCCUGUCAUUCUGCUGUCUCAGGGUUAUUAGCUGUCCCACCAGCCCUGUCACUAUGCUGUCCCACCAGCCCUGUCACUAUGCUGUCCCACCAGUCCUGUCACUAUGCUGUCCCACCAGUCCUGUCAGGUUAUUAUCUGUCCCACCAGUCCUGUCACUAUGCUGUCCCACCAGUCCUGUCACUAUGCUGUCUCACGGUUAUUAACUGUCCCACCAGUCCUGUCACUAUGCUGUCCCACCAGCCCUGUCACUAUGCUGUCCCACCAGUCCUGUCACUAUGCUGUGUCACCAGUCCUGUCACUAUGCUGUCUCAGGGUUAUUAUCUGUCCCACCAGUCCUGUCACUAUGCUGUCCCACCAGGCCUGUCACUAUGCUGUCCCACCAGUCCUGUCACUAUGCUGUCCCACCAGUCCUGUCACUAUGCUGUCCCACCAGUCCUGUCACUAUGCUGUCCCACCAGUCCUGUCACUAUGCUGUCCCACCAGGCCUGUCACUAUGCUGUCCCACCAGUCCUGUCACUAUGCUGUCCCACCAGUCCUGUCACUAUGCUGUCCCACCAGUCCUGUCACUAUGCUGUCCCACCAGUCCUGUCACUAUGCUGUCCCACCAGUCCUGUCACUAUGCUGUCCCACCAGUCCUGUCACUAUGCUGUCCCACCAGGCCUGUCACUAUGCUGUCCCACCAGUCCUGUCACUAUGCUGUCCCACCAGGCCUGUCACUAUGCUGUCCCACCAGUCCUGUCACUAUGCUGUCCCACCAGGCCUGUCACUAUGCUGUCCCACCAGUCCUGUCACUAUGCUGUCUCAGGGUUAUUAGCUGUCCCACCAGAAUAUAUUUAA